CCUUCCCCAUCUCCUCCUUCCUUCCCUUCCUCUUCCUCUUCCUCUUCCUCCUCGGGGGCGAUCAUGGCUCAGGCGGCCAAGCAGCUGAAGAAGAUCAAGGACAUCGAGGCGCAGGCCUUGCAGGAGCAGAAGGAGAAGGAAGAGUCCAACCGAAAGAGGAGGAACCGCUCCCGGGACCGCAAGAAAAAGGCCGAUGCCGCAACAAGUUUCCUUCGGGCAGCGCGAUCUGGGAACCUGGACAAGGCUCUGGACCACUUGAGGAAUGGAGUGGAUAUUAACACCUGCAACCAGAAUGGCUUAAAUGCUUUGCACCUGGCCUCCAAGGAGGGCCAUGUCAAGAUGGUAGCUGAGCUGCUGCACAAGGAGAUUGUCCUGGAGACCACCACGAAGAAAGGGAACACAGCACUGCACAUCGCUGCCCUUGCAGGACAAGAAGAUGUGGUACGAGAAUUGGUGAACUUUGGGGCCAAUGUCAAUGCACAGUCACAGAAAGGCUUCACGCCCCUGUAUAUGGCAGCACAGGAGAAUCACCUGGAAGUUGUCAAGUUCUUACUAGAGAAUGGCGCCAACCAAAAUGUGGCCACAGAAGAUGGCUUCACACCGCUGGCUGUGGCUUUGCAGCAGGGCCAUGAAAACGUGGUGGCCCACCUGAUCAACUAUGGGACAAAGGGCAAAGUGCGCCUCCCGGCCCUGCACAUAGCUGCCCGCAACGACGACACGCGUACGGCUGCCGUACUCCUACAGAAUGACCCAAAUGCUGACGUCCUCUCCAAGACUGGUUUUACCCCACUGCACAUUGCCGCACACUACGAGAACCUCAACGUGGCCCAGUUGUUGCUAAACCGUGGAGCAAGUGUCAACUUUACUCCCCAGAACGGCAUCACCCCGCUGCACAUCGCCUCCCGUCGAGGGAACAUCAUCAUGGUACGGCUGCUGCUUGACCGGGGGGCUCAAAUCGAAACCCGCACCAAGGAUGAGCUGACGCCCUUGCACUGUGCUUCCAGAAAUGGGCAUGUGCGGAUUGCUGAAAUCCUACUGGACCAUGGUGCUCCCAUCCAAGCAAAGACCAAGAAUGGCCUGUCCCCCAUCCACAUGGCCUCCCAGGGGGACCACCUGGAUUGUGUGCGGCUUCUGCUGCAGUACAAUGCUGACAUUGACGACAUCACGUUGGACCACCUGACGCCGCUGCAUGUGGCUGCCCACUGUGGCCACCAUCGGGUUGCCAAGGUCCUGCUAGACAAGGGCGCAAAACCUAAUGCACGGGCCCUGAAUGGCUUCACCCCUCUGCACAUCGCUUGCAAGAAGAACCACAUUCGGGUGAUGGAGCUUCUCCUGAAGACAGGGGCCUCCAUUGAUGCCGUCACUGAGUCCGGCCUCACCCCGCUUCAUGUGGCCUCUUUCAUGGGCAAUCUUCCCAUUGUCAAGAUCCUGCUACAGCGUGGAGCAUCUCCCAAUGUUUCCAAUGUGAAAGUAGAAACUCCGUUGCACAUGGCAGCCCGGGCUGGGCACACUGAGGUGGCUAAAUACCUUCUCCAGAACAAGGCCAAAGUCAAUGCCAAAGCUAAGGACGACCAGACGCCGCUACACUGUGCUGCCCGCCUUGGCCACUGCACCAUGGUGAAACUCCUCCUAGAAAGUGGUGCCGACCCCAACCUGUCUACGACAGCGGGGCACACUCCCUUGCACAUCACGGCCCGCGAGGGCCACCUGGACUGUGCUUGUGCCCUCCUUGACAAGGGGGCUUCACAGACAGUCAUGACCAAGAAAGGAUUUACCCCUCUGCACGUUGCAUCCAAAUAUGGGAAAGUGGAUGUGGCUGAGGUGCUGCUGGAGCAUAAUGCCCAGCCCAGUGCGGCUGGGAAGAAUGGCCUCACGCCUCUCCAUGUAGCUGUGCAUCACAACAACUUGGACAUUGUGAAAGUGCUGCUGCCCAAGGGAGCCUCCCCACACAGUGUGGCCUGGAACGGAUACACUCCUCUACACAUCGCUGCCAGGCAGAACCAAAUGGAGGUGGCCAGCAGCCUCCUACAAUAUGGUGCUUCUGCCAACGCAGAGUCCACACAAGGAGUAACCCCGCUGCAUUUGGCAGCCCAGGAAGGCCAUGCGGACAUGGUGCUGCUCCUGCUCUCCAAGCAAGCAAAUGGCAACUUGGGCAACAAGAGCGGCCUCACCCCACUCCAUCUGGUGGCUCAGGAAGGACAUGUCCAGGUGGCAGAUGUCCUCCUCAGACACGGCGUCCGAGUAGAUGCAACAACACGGAUGGGCUAUACACCAUUACAUGUGGCUUGCCACUAUGGCAACAUCAAACUGGUGAAGUUUCUGCUGCAGCACCAAGCGGAUGUCAAUUCUAAGACCAAGCUUGGAUACACUCCUCUACACCAAGCUGCCCAGCAGGGCCACACUGACAUUGUCACCCUCCUGUUAAAGCAUGGAGCCUCACCCAACGAAGUCAGUUCGAAUGGUGCCACUCCUCUGGCCAUUGCCAAGCGUCUGGGCUACAUUUCGGUCACUGACGUAUUGAAAAUUGUCACUGAGGAGACCAGCUUCCUGCCAUUGAACGACAAGCACCGCAUGAGUUUCCCGGAGACAGUGGACGAGAUCCUGGAUGUUUCCGAGGAUGAAGGCACGGCUCACGUAACUCUCCUGGGAGAGGAAUUGCCUGGGCCCAAGUCCCACAAGCGAGAAUACCAAUAUCAGGAAGAUGAGAGAGAAAUCGUGGAAUUUGUUCCCAAACUGGAUCAUGCGAGGGAAGAGUCGCCAGCUAUCCCUCGAAUCCCUUGCGUCACACCUGAGACGGUACUACUCCGGCCUGAGGAGCCAGAGCAGCCUUCCAAGGAAUUUGACGAAGAGUCCCUCAUCCCAAGCAGCCCUGCCACAGAAACCUCUGACAAUAUCAGCCCAGUGGCCAGCCCAGUCCACACAGGAUUCCUUGUGAGUUUCAUGGUGGACGCCCGUGGAGGAUCAAUGCGGGGCAGCAGGCACAAUGGCCUUCGUGUCAUCAUCCCGCCCCGGACGUGUGCAGCACCCACGCGGAUCACCUGCCGCCUGGUCAAGCCCCAGAAACUGCCAGCACCACCUCCUUUGGCUGAAGAAGAAGGACUGGCCAGCAGGAUUAUUGCACUUGGCCCUGCUGGACAACAAUUCCUCAGCCCUGUAAUUGUGGAAAUCCCUCACUUUGCCUCACAUGGGCGCGGCGACCGAGAGUUGGUAAUCCUGCGCAGUGAGAACGGGUCUGUGUGGAAGGAACACCGCAGCCGCUACGGAGAGAACCGCUUGGACCAGGUCCUCAAUGGGAUGGAUGAAGAGCUGGAGAGUCUCGAGGAUUUGGAAAAGAAGAGGAUUUGCCGAAUCAUCACAACGGACUUCCCUCUCUACUUUGUGGUCAUGUCCCGCGUGUGCCAGGACUGUGAGUUGAUUGGUCCAGAGGGUGGCUGUCUACAAAGCACAUUGGUGCCCAUGGUCCAGGCCACGUUCCCAGAAACAGCGGUCACCAAGAAAGUCAAGCUGGCAUUGCAGGCUCAGCCGGUGCCAGAUGAGCUGGUGACGAAACUACUAGGGAACCAGGCAACGUUCAGCCCUAUAGUGACAGUGGAGCCACGCCGCAGGAAAUUCCACCGCCCCAUUGGGCUGCGUGUCCCUCUGCCACCCUCUUGGAGGGAGAACCCCCGGGACAGCGGAGAAGGUGACACCACCAGCCUGCGGCUUCUCUGCAGUGUUAUAGGAGGGACAGCCCCAGCACAGUGGGAGGAUAUCACUGGGACCACAAAACUGGUUUACGCCAACGAGUGUGCAAACUUCACCACCAACGUGUCUGCCAGGUUCUGGCUGGCAGACUGCCCGCGUACAGCUGAAGCCGUCCAUUUUGCCACCCUUCUGUACAAAGACCUGGCAGCUGUGCCCUACAUGGCCAAAUUCGUGGUGUUUGCUAAGAUGAAUGACGGUCGGGAAGGCCGCCUGCGCUGCUACUGCAUGACCGACGACAAGGUGGACAAGACUCUUGAGCAACAUGAAAACUUCACCGAAGUGGCACGCAGCCGGGACAUUGAGGUGGUAGAGGGGAUGCCCCUCCAUACGGAGCUGUCGGGGAAUCUGUUGCCAAUCAAGAAGGCUGCCCAGCAACGGAGUUUCCUCUUCCAGUCAUUCCGUGAGAACCGCCUCAUCAUCCCUGUCAAGGUGCGAGACAGCAGCCGGGAAGCAAGUGGCUCAUUGUCCUUCCUACGCAAACCCAUGAAGUAUGAGGAGCUUCAGCAUGUCCUCUGCCACUUGAACAUCACCAUGCCGCCCUGUUCUAAGAGUUCUGGAAGUGAGGAGCGAAGGAGAACGUUGACACCACUUGCCCUGCGAGAGAGAUACAGUCUCCUCAGUGACAGCACUCUGGGCUCAGUCAGCAGCACGGAGAAGGACAGAACUGAUAUGAAGAUGGCUGUCAUUGCGGAGCACCUGGGCCUCAGUUGGGCUGAACUGGCCCGGGAACUUCAGUUCGGAGUAGACGACAUCAACAGGAUCCGUGUGGAGAACCCCAACUCCUUGCUGGAGCAGAGCAUGGCACUGCUGAACCUCUGGACCAGUCGCAGUGGCCAGAGUGCCAACAUGGAGAACUUGUAUACAGCGCUCCGCAACAUUGACCGUAGUGAGAUCAUCAACAUGUUGGAAGGCUCUGCGCGACAGAGCCGGAGCCUGAAGGGUGACAAACGCUACUCGAAUAGAGACUACUCCCUCUCGCCCUCCCAGAUGAAUGGUUACGCUUCGCUGCAGGACGAGCUGCUCUCCCCCGCCUCCCUGCAUUAUGCACUGCCUUCCCCGCUGCGUGCUGACCAGUACUGGAGUGAGGUGGCCAUCAUGGACGCCAUCCCCAUGGCCGCCAGCGAGCAGGACGCCCUCAUGGAGAUGUCGGACAUGCAGGUGUGGUCCUCAGGGCUGACGCCCUCGCUGGUGACUGCCGAAGACUCCUCCCUGGAGUGCAGCAAGGCCGAGGACUCGGAUGCCACGAGCGAAGGCCGGUUCCCGGGGCAGCUCCUGGAGGAGGCGCAUGGCCCCGACCCGCUGGGCUCCAUGGACCUGGUCGAGGAUGACACAGUGGACUCAGAUGCCAUGAAUGGCCUGAUGGACAUGCUAGAGCAGGAGGAAGGUCAGCAGAGGGUUCAGGCCCGCAUCACGGAGUCGCCCACAGUUAGUCGCGUCAUAGACAAGGGCAAAGACAGGCUGGGCGAGUGGACCGUGGAGAGCUCCUUCAUCUCUACCCUGCCGGAACUGCCCAGAGGAGUGUCGUUGAGUCCGCCAUUGAUGCGGCAGGCGAUGCCCUACAAAAUUCGGGGACGGGAGCGGGAGAGGCCAGAGCACAUGCGUAUUGACUCAUCGGAGGAGAGGGAGAGCCCCCCGCCACACAGAGAUUGGGGGCUCCAUCCUCCGAGGCGGCAGGGACUGACCCAGUGGCUAAAGGAGACCGACAGCAGCUUCUUUGGACAAACGCAGGGUAACGAAGUGCUGGAUAUGCCCGGGGAGCAAGUGACUGAAGAACAAUUCACGGAUGAACAAGGCAACAUCAUCACAAAGAAGAUUAUCCGGAAGGUGGUGCGGCAGCUGGACACAGAUGGCACAAGUGACGGGCGACAACAUGAAGAGGAGGAGGCUCAAGGGGGCGUCCCAAGAUCGGAGCUGUUGGGGGGCAGGAUGGGGGCUCAGAUAGUGAAACGAGCCAGCCUGAAAAGGGGGAAGCAGUGACCCCCCAGCCCUCCCUCGAGUGGCCUCUU